CACACACACACACGCGGGUAUAUAUAAGGGCUCCGUGCCCGCAAGCGCCGCAAUUAGCGCAGUGAGUGGCUCGGUACGCGAGCGGUUCAACUGAGUGGAGUGGUCGGGGGUUUGUUACCGGAGGAUUUCACGCGGGUGGCAGUCUCGGUUCGCGACCGCGCUCGGCUCAUUCAUUCGUCUCGUUAAACUCGCAUCUUGAGCGACAGCGACCCUUGCCGCAAGGCUCCGCUUGCGGUUUCGCGUUACCGCAUCGGCCAACGAGUGUGCGACCGUGGGGCGGGCGGGGGGGGGUCCACUUGCGAUCCCAGCGCGCUUUAGCGGAACGACUGCGUGAACGCGCCAAACAAUGAAUCGCGUCGUGUUGCAGAGAGCGGCCGGUCAGCUGCCCCGGGGCUGCCCCUUCGCGCACCAGGGCGGCAGCAGCCGGGCGGCCCAGGUGGUGGUUCCUGGCGCCGUGGAAGCGCCGGCGAGCCUGGCCGGGGAGCCGUGUCCCGCCGCGGAGGGGGCGAGGAGGCUCCGGUCGAUGAGCGAGAUGCCCAGCCCGCCCAGCCUGCCCGUCGUGGGCAGCCUCUUCGAGGUGUUGCGGAAAGGCGGCAUCUCCAAGCAGUACCAAGUGCUGACCGAGUACCACCGGCGGCUGGGCAGCGUCUACCGCAUGCGCCUCGGCUCGUUCGAGAGCGUCCACGUGGGCGCGCCGCACCUCAUCGAGUCGCUGUUCCGCCGCGAGGCCGCGUGUCCGCGCCGCCUUGACAUCAAGCCGUGGAAGGCCUACCGCGACUUGCGUGGCGAGGCCUACGGGCUGCUCAUCCUGGACGACAAGCCGUGGCAGAAGAUGAGGAGGGCGUUCCAAAAGAAGCUCAUGUUGCCAGAAGAGGUGGCUAAAUACGAUGACAAGAUUAACGAGGUGCUCUCAGAUUUCGUGGUUCACUUUGACGCGACCCGCGACGCUCAGGGCGGCAUCCGGGACCUGUGCCUGGAGCUGCACAAGUGGUCGUUCGAAACCAUCUCCUACAUCCUCUACGGCAAACGUUUCGGCCUCCUGUCCCAGGACAUGGGCGAGGAAGGGCAGAUCUUCAUCACCUCCAUCAAGAAGAUGAUGGCCACGUUCGGCACGAUGCUCGUCACUCCCGUGGGGCUACACCGCAGCCUCAACACGCGCACGUGGCGCGUCCACACCGAAGCGUGGGACAACAUCUUCCGCAUCGCCAAGCAGUGCGUGCUGACGCGGCUGGGCAACGCGCAGUGCCCGGGCCAGGACCUCGUCUCGCAGGUGGCCCGUGGAGGGCUCCUGUCCCCCAAGGAGCUCUACGCCGGCGUUGCCGAGAUGCAGAUUGGGGGGGUGGAGACGACCGCCGUGACCCUGAUGUGGGCCAUCUUCCACCUGUCACGCAGCCCGCGUGCCCAGCGGCGGCUGCGUGCCGAGAUGGAGGCGCUGCUCCCGCCGGGGAAAGCGCCCACGGCCGUGGAGGUGGCCUCCAUGCGUUACCUGCGCGCCUGCCUCAAGGAAUCCAUGAGACUGAGCCCCACGAUCCCCUUCACCAGCCGCACCCUGAGCAGCGAGACGCAGAUCGGUGAAUACCUCCUCCCCAAAGACACGGUGGUGAUGGUGAGCAACCACGCGAUCGCCUGGAGCGAGGAGUACUUCGCGAACGCCAUGAGUUUCCGCCCGGAGCGCUGGCUGGAGGACCCGCCGGGGACCGUGAAGCCCUUCUCGCACAUCCCAUUCGGCUUCGGGCCUCGCAUGUGCAUCGGCCGCCGCCUGGCCGAGCUGGAGAUCCACCUGGCCCUGGCCACGAUCGUCCAGACGUACAACAUCGUGGCCACGGAUGAUGGCCCCAUCACCGCGCUGCACUCGGGCACCAUGGUUCCAGACAGGAAGAUCCCGGUGGCGUUCGUGAGGAGGAGGUAACUGCAGGCCACCCGCAGC